UCCUGCCCGCCCCCACUGGGUGCCCGCCUCCCACCCCCAGCCCCACCAGCCCGGACCCUGUGGCUCCCGAUGCCCAGGGGCUCCGGAGUGGGCCCUGCCGAGCCUGGGGAGCUGACGGGCCCUGAGAUCGGUUGGAUGUUACAAGCGUGCAAGAUGGAAGGGUUCCCCCUCGUCUCCCCUCCAUCAGAAGACAUGGUGCCCUACGACACAGAUCUGUACCGCCAAACUCACGAAUAUUAUCCAUAUAUCGGCAGUGAUGGAGAGAGCCAUAGUGAUCACUACUGGGACUUCCACCCCCAUCACAUGCACAAUGAGUUUGAAAACUUCCCCGAGAACCACUUCACGGAGCUCCAGAGCGUCCAGCCCCCCCAGCUGCAGCAGCUUUACCGCCACAUGGAACUGGAGCAAAUGCACGUGCUGGACACCCCCAUGACCACCGCCCACGGCAGCAUCAGCCACCAGGUCUCGUACAUGCCCUGCAUGUGCCUUCAGUACACGUCUCCCACCCAGCCCAGCUCUGACGAGGAAGAAGGGGAGCGGCAGAGCCCCCCGCUGGAAGUGUCGGACGGGGAGACGGAGGCCCUCGAGCCCGGCCCGGGAAUCCUGCACGGAGAGACAGGCAGCAAAAAGAAGAUCCGCCUCUACCAGUUUCUCCUGGACCUUCUGCGCAGUGGGGACAUGAAGGACAGCAUCUGGUGGGUAGACAAGGACAAGGGCACUUUCCAGUUCUCCUCCAAGCACAAGGAGGCCCUGGCCCACCGCUGGGGCAUCCAGAAGGGGAACCGGAAAAAGAUGACGUACCAGAAGAUGGCGCGGGCCCUUCGGAACUACGGCAAGACGGGCGAAGUCAAGAAGGUGAAGAAGAAGCUCACCUACCAGUUCAGCGGGGAGGUGCUGGGGCGGGGGACCCUGGUGGAUCGGAGGCACCCACCCCACUGAGCGCCCCAGCCUGCCUGCCCACCCCACGCCGGGCCCUGGCACCCCCGCACCCCUGACCCUGCCUCCGUGGGACAGGAGGGGAGGGCCGUGCCCAAGGCUGGCACCGGUGCCGGGGCAGGAGGCCAGACCCUGCCGCAUUAGCUUCCCCUCUGCCUGUAGCAUUAAGCCCACGUUUCUGGGACGCCUGUACAGUCCGGGUGGGCGAUGGACCUUGGAGGUGUCCUGACCUCUGGCCUCCCCUCCCUCCUCCGAGGUCUCCAGCUGCCCCCCAGCUUGUCUUCCUCCCCUUUCACUCAGGGAUUUCCCCUCAAGCCAACCCCGGACCUCAGGGAGCCGCCUCGCUGCCCCCCCGUCGGGCCCUGCCUGUAAACCCAGUUUCUGUCCAUGGAAUCCUCUGAUCACCGGACGGGGCGCCUCCCUCAUUAAAGGAAUCUUCCAGGGAAUCCUUUGUACAAAGCAGGGAGUCAUUUCACAGAAGGCAUCGCCGCUCUUUAAUUUAUAUGCCGAGGUGCCCCCCGGACGUCCACCUUUCCGUGGAGGCCCGUCCUCACCCGCCUCGGCUGUCCGGACGCUCCCCAGCGACGGGGAGGCGGCCCAUCCGCGUGUCGAGCGAGCCAGACGGGGCCGGAAGCCCUCGCGCUUUGAUAGCCCCCCUCCAUCAGAGCCCACCGACUCCCACGUUGGGCCCAGCUCUAACGUUCGGGGGCGUCCUGCUCCCCGGCUUCAGGCAGGGCCGGACCACAGCAAAGGGGGGAGGGAGGAGCGAGAAAGCAGACCCGAGGAUUCCCGAGGCCCAGAGGCGGGGGCCGGGGGGCCGCCCUGAGGUACCCGUGUAUCAUAGCCCCGCAGAUUCUUUCCCCGAGAUGUCCCUGAGCGCCUGAGAAAAGCGCUCCUUACCUCGUGUCUUCUCCAUUAAGGAUGCGCCUGGCCACUGGAAAUGGUUGGAAUAAAACGAUUGUUGAUGAUACGUGUAUAACCCGCGGAAUUGCUCAUCAGCUCAGGGAGGAGGGAGGCAAGAGGGGGGAGAGAAACACGAAUCAUGUAACC